AUGGCGGCGGGGGGUCGGCCAUAUUGUGCCCCCGAGCGGCGCAUGCGCACUGGGGGGCUCGUCUCCCGCAGGCCCGCGCCACAAACGCCAGAAAAGCGCGCGAAACCCCGCUGCUCGCGCGCUUUUUUACCUCCGGCCCGGGGUGUCAAGUGCGCAACAAGGAGGCGAUAUAAUGCGCACGACAUCGACAGCGGGGUUGCCACGGACUUGAAGACCAAGCUUUGCGAACAGAAUCGAGGCAACAAGCGGCGAGAAUUGAGAGCAGCUCCAGCGAAGUCCGAGAUUCGAUUUAGGCUCCGCGAGCGAGUGUCCCCGACGCGCAGUGACAGUGUCGGCUUGGCGGUGGUGGCAUCGCAAGGAUCGGGCGAGGUGUGCCAAGGGUGCCAUGACGUCAUCGCCGACCGGUUCCUCCUGCGGGUCAAUUCGAGGUCGUGGCACCAGACUUGCCUGCGGUGCUGCGUGUGCCAGCUGGCCCUCGACCGGCAGCCGUCGUGCUUCAUCCGGGAACACAAUGUCUACUGCAAGUCCGACUACACGAGGAACUUCGGCGCGCGGUGCGCCAAGUGCUGCCGCAGCAUCGGCGCCGCGGACUGGGUGCGGCGGGCUCGCGACCGCGUCUACCACCUCGCCUGCUUCGCCUGCGACGCCUGCAAGCGGCAGCUCAGCACGGGCGAGGAGUUCGCCCUCCACGACAGCCGCGUCCUCUGCAAGCAGCACUACCUCGAGUCCAUCGAGGGCGGCGCCACGAGCAACGACGGUAGGUCCCGCUUCUCCCCAACAGAGAACACGGACGGGGAAGGCAGCCAGAGGAAGAGCAAACGCGUCCGUACGACCUUCACAGACGAGCAGCUGCAGGUCUUGCAAGCCAACUUUCAGAUCGACUCGAACCCGGACAGCCAGGACCUCGAGAGAAUCGCCCAGCUGACGGGUCUGAGCAAGAGAGUGACGCAGGUCUGGUUUCAAAAUUCGAGGGCGCGCCAGAAGAAAAAUAUGUCGUCUAAGAAACACCAGCAAGGUCUCGACAGAGCUCUACAGGAUAUGAACGGGUCCUUGUCGCGCACCAUCGACCUCCACUUUAUGUAUUCUUUUCGCCCUCAGAGUGUCGAGCCUGAGGACUCGUCAUCUCCCGAAACUCCAAUAAUGACCAUGAUGCACGGCGAGGUGUGACGUCACGAGACCGGGUGCCG